AAGAUGCAGGCUGUGUCUACUGGACUGCUGCUCUUCAGUAUGACCUGGGUGGCACCAAUGCUGAACGUAGACGGCAGCAACAGCAACCAAGGCAACUUCCACAAGGACUUAACAGCAUCUGUGUAUCCUGAACCCAUGGUGGGUAAAGGAGCAGAGGAUGGGCAAAGUGUUCCCCUUCACAUGCCUGACCAGGACAGGUAUGGUGCUGCCCUGCUCAGAAAUACCAUGCAGCCUGUAAAGAGUAUGGUGAUUGGAACCGAACUAUGGAGGGACAGAAACCAAGAGAAAAAACCUCAGAGUGUUCUAAGCAUAAUUCCAGCAGAUGCCAAUGAUGUUAAAGACUCCUUAAAAGAUAUAAAGAAUCAACAGAGGUAUCUUCUGUCCCAGGACAUCCCAGUAAAAAGCAAACUUACCCGUCAGACCCGACGAAGCACUCACUACCUAACACAUCUCCCCCAAGUCAGAAAGAUUCCCAGUGACUUUGAAGGUAGUGGUUCGCCAGAUCUUCUAGUGAGGGGAGAUAAUGAUGUCCCUCCUUUCAGUGGAGAUGGGCAACAUUUUAUGCACAUUCCUGGCAAAGGAGGUGCUACUGGGCCUGGUCUUGAAAGCUCAGCUAGUCACCCUGACUCAGGCGCCAGCAAAGCUGAGGUUGUUGACCCACACAUGUAUGGACUGGGUUCUAAUGAGAUCCCAGGGAGAGAAGGGCAGAGUGGCAGUGCCUACGCAACCAGACACAAAACUGCACAGGAGGCAGGCUCUGCGGGUGUGGGCCUUGUGGAGGGCAGCAAUGAAAUCACAGGCAGUACCAAUUUCAGGCAACUCCCUGGAAAAGAAGGAAACAGAGUUGGUGCUGGCAGCCAAAAUGCUCAUCAAGGGAAAGUAGAAUUUCACUAUCCACAAGUGUCCUCAAAGGAGAAGGUAAAAGGGGGUGGCAGGGAGCACACAGAAAGAGCCGGUUACAACGAAAUCCCCAAGAGCAGCAAAGGUAGCUCUAGCAAAGAUGCAGAAGAAUCCAAAGGGAACCAAGUAACCUUGACUGAAAGCCAAAGAUUUCCAGGUAAAAGCAAAAGCCAGUCUUCUCACAGUCUUGGUUAUGAGGUUAAAAGUGAACAGGAAACAAACCAUUAUGUGCACCAUGGACAAAAUAAUCCUACAGGGAAUAAAGGGACGUCUCAGCGGAGGGGCUCCUGGCCUUCAAGAAGGCCCUAUUCCCACAGGCGUGUCAGCACCCGCCAAAGAAACAGCAGCAGCGAGUCAUCCUACAGCAGAAGUUCUAGUGAGAGCGAUGGUGACUAG